AUGGCGAUAGAGGAGACUAAAGGAAUUAAAUCAUACUAUUGCUCAAAGAUUGAGGACUUGGAGAUAAAGGUCAAUGAGAAGUCACAGGACUUGAGAAGACUGGAGGCUCAGAGAAAUGAGUUGAACAACAAGGUCAGAAUGCUAAAGGAGGAGUUGCAACUGCUGACCAACCAGGGCUCGCAUGUGGCCGAGGUUGUAAAGUUGAUGGGCAAGAACAAGGUGCUCGUAAAGGUCAACCCCGAGGGCAAGUUCGUCGUCGACAUUGACCCAUCGAUCGACAUUGCCAAGUUGACCCCGUCGACACGUGCCGCCCUCAAGCAUGAGUCCUACACGCUGCACAGGAUCCUGCCCAACAAGAUCGAUCCACUGGUGUCGCUGAUGAAGGUCGAGAAGAUCCCAGACUCGACGUACGAUAUGAUUGGAGGUCUUGACAAGCAGAUCAAGGAGAUCAAGGAGGUGAUCGAGUUGCCCAUCAAGCAUCCAGAGCUCUUUGAGUCACUUGGUAUUGCUCAGCCCAAGGGUGUCCUGCUCUACGGUCCACCAGGCACUGGCAAGACAUUGUUGGCUCGUGCCGUCGCUCAUCACACCGACUGUACAUUCAUCAGAGUGUCUGGUUCCGAGUUGGUACAGAAAUACAUUGGUGAAGGUUCUCGCAUGGUUAGAGAGCUCUUUAUCAUGGCAAGAGAACAUGCACCAUCAAUUAUAUUCAUGGAUGAGAUCGAUUCGAUUGGAUCGUCUAGAAUUGACAGUGGAUCGGGAAGCAGCGACAGUGAGGUACAACGUACAAUGUUAGAGCUAUUGAACCAACUUGAUGGUUUCGAGAGCACCAAGAAUAUUAAGGUGUUGAUGUGCACCAAUCGUAUUGAUAUCCUUGAUCCAGCCUUGCUCCGACCAGGUAGAAUCGAUAGAAAGAUAGAGUUCCCCAAUCCAACAGAUGCCGGUCGUCUGGACAUCUUGAAGAUUCACUCGAGGAAGAUGAACUUGUCGAGAGGUAUCAACUUGAAGAAGAUUGCAGAGAAGUUGAAUGGUGCAUCUGGUGCUGAGCUCAAGGCCGUCUGUACAGAGGCAGGCAUGUAUGCCUUGAGAGAGCGUAGAAUCCAUGUCAGUCAAGAGGAUUUCGAAAUGGCAGUCUCCAAGGUCAUGAAGAAGGACUCAGAGGCCAACACAAGUUUGAGCAAGUUGUGGAAG